UGGUGAAUAGGUGGCGCUUCAUAGAAGGUGUGGCUUGGCUCUUGCAGAGACACAAUGGUUCAUUUCCAGUUGUCAGCUCGUGCUUAUGCUAAACUGAUCUGCCACUCUGCUAAGUAUCCGGAUAGGGAGAUCAAUGGGGCAUUAAUUGGAACCAUAUCUAAGAAGGAUAAUCGUGUACAGAUACAGGACACCAUCCCAUUGUUUCACAUUGAACUGGGCUUGGCUCCCAUGAUUGAAGUAGCACUUAAUCAAGUUGAGCUGUAUGCUAGCAGUAAAGGAUUGACUAUAGUUGGAUACUAUCAAGCAAAUGAAACUAUUGAUGAUACAAGUAUUAAUGAAACAGCUGCUUGCAUUGGGAAGAGAAUAUCAACCAACUGUGACACUUCAUGUAUAUUAAUGGUUUGUAAUGACACUGUAUUACAGCAACAGGAUGAUUCAUUAUCAUUAAAGAUGUUUACUUGUUCCGAUGCUUCCAGUGGUGUCUGGAGAGAACAGAAAGAAUUGUCAGUGAUCAAUGGUGAUCAGACCAUACCAGCUGUUAAGAAACUGAUAUUCAACGGAGUCUAUAAGAAACUGAUUGACUUUGACAAUCACCUGGAGAAUGUUAAUGAUGACUGGACUAACACUGACAUUAAUAAAGCUAUUGAAGGAAUAUAAAGUAACCAAUUAAUUAAUAAUAAUAA